AUGAAGACACAUGGCAAGUUAUUUGCCUCGCAGACGCCCCAAGAAGGGACAGACGGUCCUCGAUUGGUUGACGCUGAAGAGUUUCAAAUGCUCAAGCAAAUACGAGACCUCAAAGCAGCUGCCCGCCAGCUCUAUUCAGUCUACUGUUCGCUGAGGGCAGAAACAGCAGAAAGAGAAGAGACCCUCAACGAGCACAGGCUUCAGCUCAUGGGCGCUUUUGACUCCUGGUGA